AUGGCCUUCCAAGAAACCCAUUCUUCUUCUUCUUCUUCUUCUUCUUCUUCUUCUUUCACCCAUCCAUCAACUUUCGAUGUAUUCUUGAGUUUUAGAGGUGAAGAUACUCGAAACAAUUUUACUGCUCAUUUAUGCGCAGCUUUGCGUCGAAACGGAAUUAACACCUUCAUGGAUGAUAAGCUUAGAAGUGGAGAGAAAAUUUCACCAGCACUUCUCAAAGCCAUUGAGCAGUCAAAGAUUUCAAUCAUUGUAUUCUCUAAAAACUAUGCAUCAUCUCAUUGGUGCUUGGAUGAACUAAUGAAGAUCCUCGAGUGUAGAGAAAUAAGGAAGCAACAAGUUUUACCGUUGUUUUAUGAUGUAGAUCCGAAGCAAGUACGGAACCAAAUUGAAAGUGUUGGAGAAGCAUUUGCCAAACUUGAAGAAAGGUUCAAGGAUGACGAAAUGAAGGUGAAUGGGUGGAAGACAGCCCUAAGCGACAUGGCCAAUUUGUCAGGAAUGCAUCUGGCAAACAGGAAUGAACCUGAAUUCAUGUACGAAAUCAUUAAAUGGGUGGAUUCGAUAUUAGUAAACAACACAUACUUCAAAGUUGCUCAGUAUCCAGCUGGAAAAGAAUCUCAUGCACAAGAUGUGAAGUCACUUAUAGAUAUAGAGAAGAAGGGCAUUACGUGCACAAUAGGGAUCUUUGGAACGCGUUGGAUUAGAAAGACAACUAUUGCCAAAGCAAUUCAAAAAGUUAGUCGCAAAAGGAAUGAACCUGAAUUCAUGUACGAAAUCAUUAAAUGGGUGGAUUCGAUAUUAGUAAACAACACAUACUUCAAAGUUGCUCAGUAUCCAGCUGGAAAAGAAUCUCAUGCACAAGAUGUGAAGUCACUUAUAGAUAUAGAGAAGAAGGGCAUUACGUGCACAAUAGGGAUCUUUGGAACGCGUUGGAUUAGAAAGACAACUAUUGCCAAAGCAAUUCAAAAAGUUAGUCGCAAAAGGUGA